CUCUCCAUCUACGUGGCGCGGCUGGACGGCAAGAUCGUCAAGAGCAUCGUGGAGAAGCAGCCGCGCCGCUUCGCGCUGCAGCUCCUGCGCUGGCUGCUCAUCGCCGUGCCCGCCACCUUCGUCAACAGCGCCAUCCGCUACCUGGAGGGCAAGCUGGCCCUGGCGCUCCGCACGCGCCUGGUGGAGCGCGCCUACGAGACGUACUUCGCGCAGCAGACCUACUACCGCGUGAGCGGCAUGGACGGCCGCCUGCCCACGCCCGACCAGUCGCUUACCGAGGACAUCAUGCUGUUCGCGCAGUCCGUGGCGCACCUCUACUCCAACCUCACCAAGCCCAUCCUGGACGUGCUGCUCACCUCGUACGCGCUCAUCCGCACGGCGCGCGAGCGGGGCGCCAGCCCGGUGGGCCCCACGCUGCUGGCCGGCCUCGUGGUGUACGCCACGGCCAGGGUGCUCAAAGCCUGCUCGCCCCGCUUCGGCCGGCUGGUGGCCGAGGAGGCGCAGCGGAAGGGCUACCUGCGCUACGUCCACGCCCGCAUCCUGGCCAACGUGGAGGAGAUCGCCUUCUACCGCGGCCACAAGGUAGAAAUGAAACAACUACAGAAAAGUUACAAGGCUUUGGCAGACCAAAUGAACCUCAUAUUGUCCAAACGUUUAUGGUACAUCAUGGUAGAGCAAUUCCUGAUGAAGUAUGUCUGGAGCAGCUGUGGCUUGAUUAUGGUGGCUGUGCCUAUUAUCACUGCGACUGGAUUUGCAGAUGGAGAGUCAGAAGAUGGCCAGAAACAAGCAAUGGUUAGUGAGCGAACAGAAACUUUUACUACUUCACGAAAUCUGUUGGUUUCGGGAGCAGAUGCUAUUGAAAGGAUCAUGUCUUCUUAUAAAGAGGUCACUGAGCUAGCAGGCUACACAGCGCGAGUGUACAACAUGUUUUCAGUCUUUGACGAAGUGAAGAGAGGCAUUUACAAAAAAACGGCUGUUAUUCAGGAGGAGAGAAGCAACAGCAGGAAUGAAGACAAAGUGGAACUACACAUUGACGGUCCCUUGGAAAUCAAGGGAAAAGUUAUUGAUGUUGAUCAUGGAAUUGUGUGUGAAAAUGUUCCUAUUAUUACCCCAAAUGGAGAUGUGGUGGUUUCCAGACUAAACUUCAAAGUACAGGAAGGAAUGCAUCUUUUAAUCACUGGUCCCAAUGGCUGUGGAAAGAGCUCUCUCUUCAGAAUUUUAAGUGGUCUAUGGCCAGUAUAUGAAGGAGUUCUCUACAAACCUCCUCCUCAGCACAUGUUCUAUAUUCCACAAAGGCCCUAUAUGUCCAUUGGAACACUACGGGAUCAAGUUAUUUAUCCUGAUUCAGUAGAUGACAUGCAUGAAAAAAGAUAUCGAGACCAGGAUCUGGAAUGUAUCCUACAAAUGGUUCAUCUGUAUCACAUAGUUCAGAGAGAAGGAGGCUGGGAUGCUGUGAUGGACUGGAAAGAUGUCUUAUCAGGAGGAGAAAAGCAGAGGAUGGGCAUGGCUCGAAUGUUUUAUCAUAAACCAAAAUAUGCAUUGCUGGAUGAAUGUACAAGUGCCGUGAGCAUCGAUGUUGAAGGAAAGAUAUUCCAAGCUGCAAAGAGCGCUGGGAUAUCCUUGCUUUCUAUCACACACAGGCCUUCUCUUUGGAAGUACCACACUCACUUGUUACAGUUUGAUGGACAAGGAGGCUGGCGCUUUGAACAUUUGGACACUGCUAUCCGUUUAUCCCUCAGUGAGGAAAAACAAAGACUAGAAUCACAGCUUGCAGGAAUUCCGAAAAUGCAACAGAGACUGAAUGAACUUUGCAAAAUCUUGGGAGAAGAUUCGGUGCUAAAAACAAUGGAGAAAGAAGAAUAAGUACCUUAAUUUAUGUUCUAUGUUUUUUAAAUAUGUCUUUUUUAGUUAAAAGCUUUAUGAAUUCAGUCCCUCUGGUUUGCAUGCAUUGUGAUAGACUUGGAGCAUAAUGAAACCCAGUCAGCAAAAAAAUAAUGCUUUAUAAGAUUUUCACCUUUUAGCAUUGAGGAAGAAGCUGGUUUGAACUCUGACAAGCAAAUGCAUUGUGUAUAAGAUUUAUCAUCACAGCUCGUGGUAAUUCCACAUUAAAACUCAGUUCCCUCCCGAAAGUUACCAGGACAGUUAGAUUUUCUAGGUAAAUUCUUGUGUGGGAUCUGAUCUGCAGAAUAUGCUGUCAUACUGAUUGCCAUGUGCAUAUGAUAUGCCUGCUGUGCAAAGCAAACCUGGCAUGUGAUUCAGGCAUGGAGCAGCACAAGGGCAGGGUUAGGGUGAGUAUGCAGGUGCAUGCAAAACUCUAAUUUGGAUACAAGAAACAAUCUUUCAGUCCGUGUAAAACAAAUCUUGUUUUCACAGCUAUACUGUGCACAUUUCAUUAGCUGAAUUUCCAUGGGAAAUAAAAACAUGACAGACA